GCCGCGCAUCGUGAAUCUCUGUCCCAGAUUCUCAGAUUCACAGAUUCCCAGAUCCCGGAGAUCUCGAUCCGGAAGUCAAUCGGUAUGCUUUCGAAAUCACUUGGAUCGCCUCUGUUUGGCUGCCUGAUCAUCAUCAGUGCAAUCUGUGGCAUCGCUCAAUCGAAUACCGUGCAGUCCUCCUGUCCGACGGGCUAUCAAUAUGUCGACGAGAAGUGCUUUAGCUUCUGUUCCGAGGGCCAGUACUUACACAUAGAUGGAAAAUGCUACCCACAGACUACGUAUAGGUGUGGCCCAGGAUAUUUCCUUAACAGUGAUGGAAAGUGCUAUCGCACAAGUCCUGAACCCUGUCCUUUUGAGUCCACAACCACAACAACAACAGAACCCACUACUACAACAACCACCACAACAACAACAGAGCCUACAACUACAACCACUACAACAACAACUGAACCUACCACAACAACAACAACCACUGAGCCACCUAUAGUUUAUCCUCCCAUUCUUGACGAACUGACUCGCUGUCCGCCGGGCUCGAUUUACUUCGACUCACAAUGCCGGAAAAUCGUCUGUUCGGAAGGUGAAUACUACGCUGGACGCUGCAUUUUCUCCGCCUGUCCGCCGGGAACUGUUUGGUUUGGUAAACGUUGCCAGGAACCAGGAUACAUCACCACUAUCCUGGAGAUUGGCAAUGAGAUCCACAAUGAGCACAGAUACACGGUGACCAGCGAAAACAUAAAUCGGGUAGAGUACAUUACAGCCGCACCUUACGAUCCGGAUAAGGACAAGACCUACGACUUUAGUACACCCAUAAGUGUCCCAGAUAAUAGUGUAUACCCAACAACAACAACAACAACAACAACAAGGCGUCCCUGGAUAUAUACCAGCAUUAGGCCAACCACGGAGCAGUCGGUGGUGGGUGAACCCUUCCCGGGACGAGUUCCCACGCCGGGUUGCUGUUUCGUGAAGAGUCCCCGCAUCUGCGUCAACUAUGCCCCCAACUGGGUGUGCUCCACCAAGGAGAAGAAGUUCUGCGAUCCCAGGGUCUGUACGGCGCCCGUAGUUUAUCUCAAGCCUCCGCAGAUAGUCCAUGGUGAAAACCCAAAGCGGGUGAUAAUGCCACCCAAUCCGCCGCUCCUGGCCUGCAGUACGCCGGAGUGCAAGGAGAGCGAGGUUUUGGAUUGUUCCGGCUGCAAGGAUAAUCGGCGAGAAAAGUGCUCGCCAGGCUGCUACAGCUACUACUGCCCCAAUGGAUCCUGCGCAUUUAUGAACACCGAGGACUUUUGCGCCAUAUAUCCUGGCGAAUUUGGGUGUAAUGCGAAAGAUGGAUGUAUCUGGGACUGGUGCAGUAAGAAGUGCUACUAGCUCUAGCUCUGUCAAUUGUUAAUCUUUAAAUCUUAAAUAAAUCAAGUAAACAUUUA